GAACCUCCCUGUGGUAUUUAAGGACCACACCCAUUCCAAGCCACAUAGCCAGGACUAUUCUACAGCACCACAGCUCUCUUCAGCACAGUCAGGACAGUCAACAUGGCGCUGGUAUCUGAGUUUCUGGGACAACUGUCUCUUAAUGUGGGGUCCUGUGAGCCCAAAUACCCAACUGUUGUUCCUGCGUCUGACUUCGAUCCAGACAAAGAUGCUGCUAGAAUAGAGACUGCUAUCAAGACCAAGGGAGUGGAUGAAGCGACCAUCAUCGCUGUUCUGACCAAGAGGACCUACAGCCAGAGGAGAGAGAUCGCGUUCGCUUAUGAGAGGAGAGCCAAGAAGGAUCUGAUGACAGCCCUGAAGGGGGCUCUAUCUGGGUCGUUGGAGACUGUGAUCUUAGGCCUGAUGAAGAGUACAGCUCAGUAUGAUGCCUCUGAGAUCAAAGGGUCCAUUAAGGGUCUAGGAACGGACGAGGAGGUGCUGAUAGAGAUUGUCUGUUCUCGCAGCUCCUCAGAACUGGCUGAGAUUAAGACUGUCUACAAGGAACUGUUCAAGAAAGAUCUGGAGAAGGAUGUGGCUGGAGACACCUCGGGAGACUUCGCCAAGCUCCUGCUGGCCCUGGUGCAGGCCAAGAGGGCAGAACCCUCCAGUGUGGUGGACUAUGAGAAGAUCGAUGAAGAUGCCAGAGCCCUGUAUGAUGCUGGGGUGAAGAGGAAAGGAACAGAUGUGGCUACCUGGAUCUCCAUCAUGUCAGAGAGGAGUGUUCCUCACCUGCAGAAAGUGUUUGACAGGUAUAAGAGCUACAGUCCCUAUGACAUGCAGGAGAGCAUUAGGAAGGAGGUGAAGGGAGACCUGGAGAAGUCCUUCCUCACACUCGUUGAGUGUUUUGAGAACAAGCCGCUGUACUUCGCCAGCAGACUUGCAGAGGCCAUGAAGGGUAAAAGUGCGAAGGAGAAGGUUGUGACGAGGAUCAUGGUGUCUCGGUGUGAAGUCGACCUCAUGAAGGUCAGAACAGAGUUCAAGAGUCAGACCGGCAAGUCUCUGUUCCAGACCAUCUCUGAGCACACUAAGGGGGAUUACCAGAAGGCCAUGCUGUCUCUGUGUGGAGGAGACGACUAAACGUCAUCUGGAUUUCAUUACCUACAAGCCUUCGGCGUACUGGUCAUUAUGUCCACUGCUGGGAAGGUUGCUUACUGGACUACAACCCCCACUGGACUACAACCCCCACUGGACUACAACCCCCACUGGACUACAACUCCCACUGGACUACAACCCCCACUGGACUACAACCCCCACUGGACUACAACCCCCACUGGACUACAACUCCCUACGUUAGAGUAUUACUCAUACUAUUGGCUGUAAUCAUAUGGGUAUUAAUAGCUUCAAAGAGAUGGCAUCAUUCUACUGUAAGUAUUUCAUUAGAUGAAGAUAUUGAACCCACUGUUUUCCUGUAACAAACCUAGUUAACUGGUAAUAAAGUUACUUUGGCAAAGUGUUCUUCACAUAUUUUAGUAAUUUGAAAGAUGCUUUUAUCCAGAGCGACCUACAGUAGUUUCGUACUGGUCCUUUUUCGUAAUGGUUCUCUCCAUGCGAAUCGAACCCGAAACCCUGGCAUUGCAAGCGUCAUGCUCUACCAAGUCAUUUUCAAUAUCACAUCUUGACCCAUUUUCCAAGAGGUAAGAAAUAGUCAGCGUGUAAUAAUAUGCAGUUACUAUAGGUGACCACUAGAGUGUGGUAGCGGUUGUUCAGUAGCUACUCUUCUUCUCUGGCCUGAAACUGACAUGCUUUCAUCCACUAGUUUAUCUUUUCAAUAAAAUGAAAUAUUUCACUUUUUCUUAGUUAUUCCCCAAUUUAUAAAAGGAGAGCAGGUUAAUGGUGAAGAGAGAUGUUGACUCCAUAAUUACUUUUCAGACUGAAUCACUUUUCCUGGAAAUCAAAGCUAGGCUAAUUAAAGUGCUAAACUUGAACAUUGUAGAACAAAUGACUCCUGAAUUAAACUUCUAUAAGCAGAGCAUAAAGAUAGUUGUAUUAAUUUACAGGACAUCAACACAUUCUAAAAAAAACACUAAACAGGAUGUCAUUUAAUCUUCUCGUGUUUCCACUGAAAAGGCUGUAUUAAAUGAUUUAAAUAGUGUUUGUUUUGGUGCUAAUAUUUCAAUAAAAAAAUGUUAAUCGAA